UUUUGUGUGUGACAGACUGUGAGAGAGCCGGCGUGUGAUGGCUCUUCUGCCAUAAUACUUGUACAGACAGGAGAGUUGGGAGCAUUUCUUUUGUAGGACUCAUAGGGAAUGGGAAACUGCAUGGUUACCCUGGAAACACCCAUUUAAGGAGAAUGGCUGAGGCUAUUUGCUGCACCUUGGUGAACUGCAGCUGCGAGAGCUUUAAACCAGGGAAGCUGAAGAGGCGACAGUGUGAGAACUGCAAGCACGGAUGGGUGGCACACGCUCUGAGCAAGCUGAAGGUGCACCACAUGUACCAGGGCAGCCAGGUGGAGAUCGUCCACUCCAACGUGGUGUUCGACAUCUGCAGCCUGAUGCUGUACGGGACGCAGGCCAUCCCGGUACGGCUCAAGAUCCUGCUGGACCGCCUCUUCAGCGUGCUCAAGCAGGAGGAGGUGGUGCAGAUCCUCAACGCGCUGGACUGGACGCUGCAGGACUAUAUCCGCGGAUACGUCCUGCAGGAUGUUACGGGGAAAGUGCUGGACCGCUGGGCUAUCAUGACCUUCGAGGAGGAGAUUGCCACGCUGCAGCAGUUCCUCCGUUUUGGGGAGACCAAGUCCAUCGUGGAACUCAUGGCGAUUCAGGAUAAGGAGGGGCAGGCCGUCAUAGUGCCCAGCACCAGAACCAACUCCGAUAUCCGGGCCUUCAUUGAGAGCAACGCCCAGCGUGGCCCCGGCCUGCCCACCAAAGUGGAGAAGCUGAGCACCACCAACGUGCAUCACUUCGAGAACUUCAUCAACAGCAUGGCAUUCAUGCUGCCCUUCCAGUUCCUGAGCUCAGUCCCCGCCCCCUUGCUAGGCUCCUCCUCCGGGUCCUUCCUGCUGGGCCAGGAGCAGAGGCGGGAGCAUCAGACAAGGCUGGAAGACCCCGUCCCUGUCCCUGCCCCUGCCACUGAGGGCAGCCUGCUGGGCUCCAGCUCCGCCUCCUUCACAUCCGACGUGGAAAGAUGCGACAAUCCCAUGGACACUGCCACCCCCAAAGUGGAGGCCGAAGACUUCCCCACCAGCGACAACUACUCAGACGCCCCCUCCACACCCUGCACGCCUUCCAUGAGCUCCGACGUCACACAGAUGUCCCCAGAGACCAAGAUGAGGUCCCUGGAGAAGAGCGGCGGUGGCCUCAAGAAGGGCCGCGUCUUCUGCAGCGCCUGCGAGAAGACCUUCUACGACAAGGGGACCCUGAAGAUCCACUACAACGCCGUGCACCUGAAGAUCAAGCACAAGUGCACCAUCGAGGGCUGCAACAUGGUCUUCAGCUCGCUGCGCAGCCGCAACCGCCACAGCGCCAACCCCAACCCCCGGCUGCACAUGCCCAUGAACCGCAACAACCGCGACAAGGACCUGCGGGGCAACCUGUCCGUGGUGGACUCUCCCGAGGGCGAGAAGAGGCCGGACUACAGCGCCGCCGCUGACAGCAGGCCGGUCCCCAGCUACAUCGUCAGCAGCGCCGACUCCAAGCUGCCCAGCGGCUUCCCCAACAUCAGCCAGAGCGGCAUCCUCUUCCCCAACCUGAAGACCGUUCAACCAGUCCUGCCCUUCUACCGCAGCCUGGUCACACCCGCCGAGCUGGCCAACACCCCCGGCGCCCUGCCCUCCUUACCCAUGAUAUCUUCAUCUGUCCUGGCCAAGCCCGCCGCCACGGAGCCCUCCUCAGAUCCCGUACCAAAGAAGAAGUCCCGCAAGUCCAGCAUGCCUAUUAAGAUCGAGAAGGAGGUGGUGGAGAAUGUGGAGGACCUGGUGGAUGAGAGUAGCGCGGACGACGAGGCCCCCCUGCCGAUGAGGGACAGGGACGAGUCAGACAGCGGCAGCUACGUUUGCGAGAAGCGGGCUGGGAGCGACCGUGAGGACUGCGGCGUCAUCCAGCCUGCGGACAGAGAGAACUCCUCCACCCCUCUGCAGAGGCCGCUGGACUUCAGGUCAAACGCUGCGCUGUGUGUCGUCAAGGACGAAGACGCCGCCGCGCGGCAUGCGGAAACGGGGGCAAAGUACACGCUGGAAGGUGGCGUGAUCACCUGCACGUCUCCCUUCGACACCAACCAGAAAGAGAAUCACAGUCAUGUCAGUGUGUUACCAGCGCCCGAGGCAGAGAACUGCACUGCUGUGCAGUCAGGAAACAAGCCCUGCAGUGGUGACCAUGCAGAGACUGACUACAGGGCCACGAACGGGGGGUUGUUUAAAAUAUUAACCAACAGCAAGGAAGCCCCAGAGGACUGCACCGAGGACUACGAAGACACCUUCCCCCAGACGGAGCUUCAGGAGGUCUGCUCUGACAGAGAUGACCUCCCCCGUCACUGUGAGAUCUGCAGCAAAACCUUCAAGAACCCGUACAGUGUGAAAAUGCAUUACCGCAACGUUCACCUGAAGGAGAUGCACAUGUGCACUGUGGAGGGCUGCCACGCAGCCUUUCCGUCUAGGAGAAGCAGAGACAGGCACAGUGCAAAUCUGAACCUACACCACAAGCUCUUGACCAAAGAUCCCUACGGAACAUCAAGCACAAUCUACCCCAGCUCCUCGCUCUGCCGUGACGUUACUAGUGACUCUCGCCAGGACUUCGCCCCGAAGGACCCGGUCGGGCAGACCUCGGUGAUCUUCAAAGGGAACAACAGGAUGGGUCUGGUGUUUCCCAUGAGCAAGACGCCCGAGAUCGAACCCGACCCGCCGGCCGAGGCGGGGGCGGAGAACGAGGCGGUGCUGGACCUCAGCACCACCUCCGUGUCCAAAUCCGGGGGCAGCGCGCGCUCCUCCUGGGACUCGGACGGGGGCAGCGAGGACGGCUUCCCCAUGGACGACAGCGACGAGAGCUGUGACGGCUUGGGCGGGCCCCCCAAAGAGGGGCUGCACCCCAGCCUGGCGGAGAGGCCCAGCAGCUGCCCCACGCAGCACCUGCAGGGGGGGUCCCCCAUCACCUGCCACAUCUGCCAGAAGGUGUACAGCAACAAGGGCACGUUCAGGGCUCACUACAAAACCGUUCACCUCCGGCUGCUCCACAAGUGCAAGGUCCCCGGCUGCGACACCACCUUCUCCUCGGUCAGGAGUCGAAACCGCCACAGCCAGAACCCCAACCUGCACAGGAACUUGACUGCAAGCACGGUCCACGACCAGGAGUAGCCCGAGCAUUCUGUUCAAACGGGUUGCAGUGUUCCCUCUUCAUUUCAAACAGAAACAGUUAUACUUACCGGUUAGGAGUUUUUUUUUUUCCUCAAAAGACAUUCACAUGAAUAAAGGCGGUGUCACAGUGAAGCUGAUAUUUCCAGAAUAUGCUUCAGUUUCUGUGAUGUCAGUUAACUUGAUUGGUGCAAACUGUACA